AUGACAUGGGCGGAACUCUUCAAAAUUCACGCACGAUCCCAUAAAGUAAUUGAUCAUAUUAUUCCUCCAGCGAAAGGUAAGGAGAAAGUUCCUCAGACAGAGUAUGACUUCAUUCACACAGACAUGGCAGAUUUUCCAAAUGUCUCUGCAUAUUGUCAACAUCUCAAAUCUAUGUUGGAUCAACUCAAGAAUGUCGAUUUUCCCGUCGACAACAACAAACUUGUUCUUCAACUAGUCUCUGGUCUCACCGAGCCCUACAACGGUGUGGCCACCCUUAUUCGCCAAAGUGAUCCCUUGCCCCAAUUUUAUCAAGCCCGUUCGAUGCUCACUCUUGAAGAGGCCGGCCUUACCAAAAAGGUAGCACAGAACUCGUCAUCCGCCAUGAUUGCUUGUGACUCGGAUGACUCUCCUGAUGUUUUUGAUUAUCCCUCUUCGAACCACAAUAAUGGUGGGAAGAGGAGCCAAAAAUCGCAAUAA